AUGAGGCAGCAGCGCGCCCGGCGCGCGAGUCUCGCGGCCAGCCUCAAGAUCGGGGAUCACCGGGGCCGCUGCCGGAGCCCGGAGGAAGAGGAAUCCUACAUCCCAUUUGCACAGGAUAGCCUGGUAAGGCAAUGGAACUCCAUGCAGAACGUGGCAGAUGGUAGCCAGGAGAAGAGCCAGACUCCCAUCCAAAGGAACAAGUAUCUGCUCAACAUUAAUGUGGGUGGCAAAUUGUUCCAGAUAGCUUACAAGGUACUUGCCCAAUACCCCAUCACCCGGCUUGGGAAGCUGGCACUCUAUACAGACCCCGUGAAGAAGCUGCAGCUCUGUGAUGAUUACUUGGUGCAGAAGAACGAGUACUUCUUUGAUAGAGAUCCUUCAAUUUUCCACUACAUCUUCCACUUCUACCGCAGUGGGGUCCUGUGGGUGAUGGAUGAGAUGUGCCCCAGUAACUUUGUGGAGGAAAUCGAGUACUGGGGAAUCCAUUUGAAAUACUCCCAACGCUGCUGCCGGAUCCUGUUAGAGGAAAAGCGAGAUGAACUCAGUGAGUACCUGAAAAUAGAGAAGGAACUGGAGGCAGAACUGGAGCCCCUGGAGUCAGGGACGCAGUUUGAUGGCAAGUUUCUGGGUCGGUUUCGGAAGAUGGUCUGGAACCUCAUUGAGAACCCGUACUCUUCUGUCCCAGCCAAGAUCAUCGCUGUCAUGUCAAGCUUCUUUGUGCUUAUCUCCAUUGUGGGCAUGACACUGAGCACAGUGGAGGAGAUGAAAAACAAGACAGGGAAAAUGUGGAUGGAGCAGAUGGAGAUGAUCUGUGCCAUCUUCUUCACCUCUGAAUAUCUCAUGAGGCUCAUAUCCUCCUCCAGCUUCAAGAACUUUCUGCGGGCAGCAUUUAAUGCUAUAGACCUGGUGGCCAUCCUGCCCUUCUACAUCCAGCUCCUCUUUGAAAAUCUGGAUGAUGGAGAAAUGCAAUACCAUGAGGAGCUGCACAAGGUGGAGAAUGUGAGCAAGCUGGGCAAAGUCCUCAAGCUCAUCAAGCUCAUGAGGAUCUUCCGCAUCCUCAAGCUGGCACGGCACUCCACUGGCCUCCGGGCCUUCAGCUUCACCAUGCGCCAGUGCUACCAGCAGGUCUGCUGCCUCCUCCUCUUCAUUGCCAUGGGGGUCUUCACCUUCUCUGCUCUCAUCCACUCGGUGGAACAUGAUGUCCCCGGCACUGACUUCACCAGCAUCCCCUGCGCGUGGUGGUGGGCAGCGGUCAGCCUCUCCACUGUGGGCUAUGGAGACACUGUGCCUGACACAAUUCUCGGCAGGAUGGUGGCAUUCGUCUGCAUCUCCUUUGGCAUCAUCCUCAAUGGAAUGCCCAUCUCCAUCCUCUACAACAAAUUUUCUGACUACUAUGCCAAGCUGAAGGCCCAUGAGAUGAGCCAGUCACUUCAGCUUUCCAGGAGGAUCCAACUGAAGCAGCGAGUCCUGCGCAAGUUCUCAGAGUGCUGGAGAGCUGACCCCCGCUAUUACCGCUGA